AUGUAUAUAGUAAAUUUAAUAUUACCAUUAAUAGGAAGUAUAAUAACAGGAAUUUUUGGACAUAAAUUAGGAAAUAGAAUAAGUAUAAAAAUAGCAGUUGGUUGUAUGAUGUUAACUGCAAUAUCUAGUUUAUAUAUUGGAUAUGAAAUAUUAUUAUGUAAUAGUGUAGUACAUUUUAAAUUAGGAACGUGGAUGCAAGUAGGAAGUUUAAAUGUGGAAUAUGGUUUAUUAUAUGAUAGUUUAACAAGUAUAAUGAUAAUAGUCAUAACAUGUAUAUCAAGUAUGGUACAUUUAUAUUCGAUGGAUUAUAUGAAAGAGGAUCCACAUAAAACAAGAUUCUUUUCAUAUUUAUCGUUAUUUACCUUUUUCAUGAUGCUAUUAGUAACCGCCGAUAAUUUUGUUCAAUUAUUUUUUGGAUGGGAAGGAGUAGGAAUAAUGUCUUAUUUAUUAAUUAAUUUUUGGUAUACAAGAUUACAAGCAAAUAAAUCCGCAUUAAAAGCAGUAAUUUUAAAUAGAUUUGGAGAUUUUGGAUUAUUUUUUGGAAUAUUAUUAGUAUUUUUAGUAUUUAAAAGUGUUGAUUUCUCUGUAAUCUUUACAAUAGCACCUUUUAUUACGGAAUAUACUAUAAAUUUAUUAGGAUAUGAAGUGAAUGCGAUAACCUUAAUAGGUAGUUUCAUAGUAAUAGGAGUUGUGGGAAAAUCAGCACAAUUAGGUUUACAUAUGUGGUUACCAGAUGCAAUGGAAGGACCAACCCCCGUAUCUGCAUUAUUACAUGCAGCAACAAUGGUAACAGCUGGAGUAUUUUUAGUAUUACGAACCUCACCCUUAUUAAGUUAUUCAAUAACAAUAUUAAAUAUCUUAACAAUUAUAGGAGCCUUAACAACUUUAUUUGCAACGACAAUAGGUAUUGUUCAAAAUGAUAUCAAAAGAGUAAUUGCGUAUUCAACUUGUAGUCAAUUAGGAUAUAUGAUUUUUGCAUGUGGAUUAUUAAAUUAUAAUGCAAGCAUAUAUCAUUUAACAACACAUGCAUUUUUUAAAGCAUUACUAUUUUUAAGUGCCGGAUCAGUAAUACAUGGAUUAAAUGAUGAACAAGAUAUGCGAAAAAUGGGAGGAUUAGUAAAUUUAAUGCCUUUAACUUAUCAAUGCAUGUUAAUAGGAACAUUAGCCUUAACUGGAUUUCCAUUUUUAUCUGGAUAUUAUUCAAAAGAUAUAAUAUUAGAAACAAGUUAUGCAACGUAUUAUUGGGAAGGAACAUUUGCUGCAAUAAUAGGAUAUGUCGCGGCAUUUGGAACAACGUUUUAUUCAUUCCGAUUAUUAAUUUUAACAUUCUUUAAUAAACCACGAAUGCAAUAUAAAACAAUUGCAGGAGUUCAUGAAGCAAGUACAAAUAUGGUAAUCCCUUUAGUUAUUUUAGCAUUAUGUAGUAUUUUUAUUGGUUAUGUAACAAAAGAUUUUUUUGUAGGACUCGGUACACCAGUAUGGAAUAAUUCAUUCUUUGCUUAUCCAUAUAAUAAUUUAAUAUUAGAAUCCGAAGUAUUACAACGAGAAUUAAAGCUAUUACCACUAUUUGCAUUUAUUUAUGGAGUAAUAACCCCAGUUUUAUUUUAUUUUAAUAUAAAAGAAGAUCGAAUGAUAAAUGUAAAACAGAAUUUAAUGGUAAAAGAGAGUUAUUUUUUUUUUGUUAAAAAAUGGUAUUUUGAUUUCUUAUCACGAGUUUUAAUUGUAGUACCAUUUUUUCAUUUAUCUUAUGAUGUUAUGAAUAAAAACUUAGAUAAAGGAUUAUGGGAAAAAAUUGGAGUCACAGGAGUAGCAACAACCUUAGUAACUGCAUUUACAGCUUUAAAAUUAAAAAAUGAAAUAACAUUAUCAACGUAUAUUAGCUAUAUAGUACAAACUAUAAUACUAAUUAUAGUUGUAGGAAUUUUUUCUUUUAUGACUGGAUUUAUAUAUAUGGAAUUAUGUAUAAUAAUCGGAAUCUUAUAUAUUUGUCUACCUUCAAUCAAAAUAGAUUAA